AUGGUCCUCGUCCACCACGCUGCUGCUCGCACGUCGUGCCAUGCACCAAUAUGCCUCGUGAUCGCGACCGCUCGCAUCGACUUGCUGCAGCUCAGCGGGCAAACAGGCUCGCUGCUCGCCCCGACCUCAAAGCCAUCCCGCGCCUUCUCGACCACGCCCCACUCGCCCCAGACGCCCCCCACCCGCAGACUCGAUGCCCGCUUCAGGACACCCGCCUUCCCGCCUCCCUCGUUCCCCGCAGCCUUCGGUGCAAACCAGAUCCUCCCAAUCACGCCCUCGGUACAAUCCCGCCUCGACUCGGUGCUCAGCUCCUUCGAGGCACCCGUCCGCUUCGCCUUUGCCUAUGGCUCCGGCGUAUUCAGCCAGUCCGAGGCCGGGCCCGAGCACUCCAAGCGGCCCGCCACCCGCGACGGCCGCAAGAUGGUCGACUUUAUCCUCGCCGUCACCUACCCGCAGCACUGGCACGCCGUAAACAUGUCCCAGAACCCGCGCCACUACUCGCUCCUCUCGCGCAUCCUCGGCAGCACCCUCGCCGCCUGGGUCCAGCGCCGCGGCGCGGGACUCUGGUACAACCCCUACGUCCGUAUCAACGACGAGCUGGUCAAGUACGGCGUCAUCUCGGUCGACGACCUCUGCCGCGACCUCUUGGACUGGGAGACGCUCUACGUUAGCGGUCGCAUGCACAAGCCCGUCGCCCUCCUCACCUCCGACGCCCGCGUCCGCCUAGCUCAGCAGGUCAACCUCGCAUCGGCCCUCCGCGUCGCACAGCUGCUCCUGCCCGAGCACUUUACCGAGGUCGAGCUCUACACCCGCAUCGCUUCGCUCAGCUAUACGGGCGACUUCCGCAUGAGCGUCCCCGGGGGCGAAAACGCCGACAAGGUGCGCAACAUUGUCCUCAACCAGCGCGAAGAGUUCCGCCGCCUCUACUCGGGCCUCGUCCGCAGCAUGGGCACCAUGAGCGUCGCAGAGAUGCGCGAGAACCGCUUCGAGAUCACGCAAGACACAUCGACCGAGACGCGCGCCUCGCACGCGGCCAAGCUGCCGCGCCGCCUGCGCCAGCGGAUCCAGGAUCACUAUACGUCGCGGCCCGACCUGGAUCCGGCGUUCCUCAAGCUGUCGCUGUCCAAGGGCGAGGCGGAAGAGGUGCCGCGUACGCCGUCGCGCAUCGAGCGCGAAGAGGGGCUCAAGGACUUUUGGCGGGCGGCGGUGCAGCGCGACGACUUUAACCACGUCGUCGUCCAGAAGAUUGCAGAGACGGUGCGCGGGCCCGCGUGGGGCCAGAGCCUCAAGGGCAUCUACACGGCCGGCUUCACCCGUACCGCAAAGUACGUCAUGGCCAAAGUGGGCAAGUACUUUGAAGGGCGGAGGGAGCGCCAGGAUAAGGGUCAAUAA